AUGCUCCAGAAGGUUACUAACAAAAUUUUUCUAGGUGGCUUUUAUUCUCUGCCUUCAAUCAACGUUGGAGGACUAGGUAACGCUUCACAUAAUUUUGUUGUGAAUCCAAUCAAUAACGGUAUCAACCCAGUAAGUAACCAUCCUCCAGGUCAACAUGUCAAUAGCAGCAAACUAACACCAUUCUCGUUCCAGCCUCCUAUGAAUUUCCAAAGUGUUAAAACCGAAGGUGGUUUACCAAACCAACAGGGUCAAGCUACUGGCUCAAAUGGGGCCAACACCAAUCAACCUGCUCAAGCACUGCAACAACCUGCUCCUCCACAACAACAACAACAAGGAGGUGUUAAACAGCCAAGUGGACCAGGUACUCCAAUGUCUGCUUAUAGACCAUUAAACGUGAAGGAUGCCUUAUCAUAUUUGGAUCAAGUUAAAGUGCAAUUUCAAAAUCGUCCAGAUGUUUACAAUCACUUCUUAGAUAUCAUGAAGGAUUUCAAGAGCCAGUCUAUUGAUACACCAGGGGUUAUUGAUCGUGUCUCUACAUUAUUUAGAGGUCAUCCAAGUUUGAUUCAAGGUUUCAAUACAUUUUUACCUCCAGGUUAUAGAAUCGAAUGUUCUUUAGAUCCUUCUGAUCCAAAUCCUAUCAGAGUCACCACACCAAUGGGUACAACUACACGUCAAGAAACAAAUUCAAACAUCGUUUUCGAACAACAACGUUGGCAAUCACAUUCUUCACCAACAGGUAUACCCCAUGUUGCACCAGGACAAGCACCAGCUCCAGGUUUGAUUCCUUCUCAAGCAGCUCCAGGUCAACAACCACAAGGCGGUAAUCCACCAGGUGCCCAAAUUCAAAGCCAACCAACUCAUAGUCAAAUUCCAACUCAAAACGAUCCAUAUGGUCACUUCAAUCCACAAGAACAAUCAUCAUUAUCUCAAUUACAAGCUGCUGCAAAUAGAAAUAAUAGUAUAGGUGGUCAAGCUGGUGUUGAUAGAAAAUCUGGCGGUCCAGUUGAAUUCAAUCAUGCUAUAAGUUAUGUCAACAAGAUUAAAACUCGUUUUGCUAAUCAACCAGAUAUCUAUAAACAUUUCCUGGAAAUUUUACAAACCUAUCAAAGAGAACAAAAACCAAUUGCUGAAGUUUAUGGUCAAGUUACUGUUUUAUUUCAAAAUGCACCUGACUUACUGGAUGACUUUAAACAAUUUCUACCAGACACCAAUGGAAAUGCAGCUGGUGGGUUAUUAGGUUCUCAACCUCAAGGUGAAUAUUAUCCACAGCAAGUUCCUCAACAGCAACCUCAACCUCAAUUACCACCUGUUGGUAGCUUUUCACCUCCAACAGCUGGAAAAGUGAAGAAGAUUGAAGUUACUAAUGAUCAAUUACAAAAUUAUGAAGCUAGUAAAAAUAGAGAAAUUCCAACUUCAAGUAUGCGUGGUUCAAUAUCUGCAGCUCCAAGACGCAGACUUGCUGAUGAAACUACACCAACUUUAGUUCCAGGUGUUCCUGAACCAUCAAUCCCACCACAUAAAACUUCGAACCUGAUUGAAGAAAUUGGUUUCUUUGAUAAAGUUAAAAAAGCCAUAGGUAGUAAACAAAGUUACAAUGACUUUUUGAAAAUUGUCAAUAUCUAUAAUCAAGAAUUGAUUGAUAAGGAUACUUUGAUUGAAAGAGUUGAAGGUUUUAUUGGUUCUCAUAUUGAUUUAUUUGAUUGGUUCAAAGGCUUUGUUGGUUAUGAUGAUAAACCAUUACAUAUUGAAAAUAUCACACACAAGAAACAUCAAUUGGAUUUGAUGUUGUGUAAACCAUAUGGUCCAAGUUAUAGAAAAUUACCAAAAGCUGAAACAUAUAUGCCAUGUUCUGGUAGAGAUGAAAUGUGUUGGGAAGUUUUAAAUGAUGAAUGGGUUGGUCAUCCAACUUGGGCUUCUGAAGAUUCUGGUUUCAUCGCUCAUAGAAAAAAUCAAUAUGAAGAAAUUUUAUUCAGAAUUGAAGAAGAAAGACAUGAAUAUGAUUAUUAUAUGGAAGCAAAUUUGAGAACAAUUCAAACAUUAGAAACCAUUGCUAAUAGAAUCUCAAAUAUGACUCCUGAAGAAAAAGCUUCAUUCAAAUUACCAAAUGGUCUUGGACACACUUCACAAACUAUCUACAAGAAGGUUAUUCGUAAAGUUUACAACAAAGAUAGAGGUUUUGAAGUGAUUGAUGCUUUACAUGAAAAUCCAUCAAUUGCAAUUCCAGUUGUUUUGAAAAGAUUAAAACAAAAAGAUGAAGAAUGGAGAAGAACACAUCGUGAAUGGAAUAAGGUUUGGAGAGAAAUGGAACAAAAAGUUUAUUUCAAAUCAUUAGAUCAUCUGGGAUUAACUUUCAAACAAGCUGAUAAGAAAUUAUUAACUACAAAACAACUUGUUUCUGAAAUUAGUACCAUUAAAUCUGAACAAACCAAUAAGAGAUUACAUCCUUUAACACCAAAACCACAAAAACAAUUAGAUUAUGACUUCUUUGAUAAUGAAGUGCUAUUUGAUAUCACUAAGUUGGUUUAUGUGUUUUUGAACGCUGGUAGUUCUUACUCUGCAAAUGAUAAAGAAAAAUUAUAUGAUUUCUUCAAAUCUUUCAUUUCAUUAUUUUUCUCUAUUGAUUCUAAUGAAGUUGAACAAGCCUUACAAAAGAGAAUCACACAAUCAACUGAACAAUCUCAAAAUUAUGAACAUAAUGCUAAUCAUGAACCAUCAAGUGCAGAAUCUUCAGCUCCAGAAAGUGACUCUAAUAGAAAACGUCACCGUGAAACAGAUCUGUUGAAAGAUGUUUUAUUAAAAUCUAAACAAUCCAAAACAAGAGCUGAUGAAACACCUGAAAGUUCAGUUUCACCAAGUCAUGAUUCAGCUGCAACGAGCAAUGUCGAAUCUGAAACUGAAAGUAAAGCUGGUGAUGAAGAUGUUAAUGUUGAUUUUGACUCUGCUGUUUCUGAUACCUGGGUUCAAACAUCAGUUCCUGAUCAAGGUAAAACAGAAGCCGUUAAUGACAAGAGAAAUUUAUUCAAUUUGUUUGGUAACACUAACAUUUAUGUUUUCUUCCGUCAUUUAAGAGUUCUAUACGAUAGAUUAUUAGAAGUUAAAAAUAUCAAUGAAGAAGUCACCAAAGAUAUCACAUCCCGUUCUGAAGUUCAAUUUGCUAAAGAUUUGAACUUGGUCUCAAAUCAACUUGAAGAUAUGGGAUUACAAUUCGCCAAAGCUGAUGCCUACACUCAAUUGUUAGGUUUUGCUGAAAGAGUCAUUGAAGGUGAUGUUGAACAUCAAUGGUUUGAAGAAUCAUUACGUCAAGCAUACCGUAACAGAGCUUACAAGUUAUACACUGUUGAUAAAGUUACUCAAGCAUUAGUUAAACAUUUACAUACUGUUGUAUCAGAUUCACGUACCUCAGAUAUAAUGUUAUUAUUUGCUAAUGAUAGAAAAUCACCAGUUACAAGUGCUAAAGAUCAAAUCUUAUAUCGUAACAAUGUUAGAAGUCAUAUGAAUUCUGAAGAAAAUAUGUUUAGAAUUGAAUUUGAUCAAGAAAAACACCAUGUUUCUAUUCAAUACUUAGCCUUGGAUGAUUUAACAUUAACUGAUCAAAAGAAUGAUGAAGAAAAAUGGAAUUAUUAUUUAACAUCAUAUAUUAUUGCACAUCCAACUGAAGGUAUCAAUACAAGUGAAUUAAGAUUACCAUUUAUGAAAUCAUUGAUAUCGGAUGAUGAUGAUGAUGCUUUAGAAGGUUAUACUGAUUCUCAUAUGAAGGUUAAGAUUACUAGAGAAAACUAUAAAUUAUUCUUUGAACAAGGUUCAUACGAUGAGUUUGCACGUUAUUCUGUUUUCAACCACCCAAUUAAAGCAAAAUCAAAGAACACAGAUGUUUUGAGUAAAGCAAUUGAUGAUAAAUUAAUUGAAGAAGUUGGUCAAGAUUCAUUUGAUAAAAAUAAAGGUAUUUUAGAUGCUUUAGUUGAAGGUCCAGAAAAAUAUAAGGAAUUUGUGAAAUCUAGAAAAGAAGCUGAUGAAAAAGCUAAAGAAGAAGAAAAAGCCAAAGCAGAUGUUGAUGUUGAUCAAACAAUUGAAAAUCCGGAUGAAACAACAGCUGAAGUGAAGAAACCUGUUAAUCCAGCUAUUGCUUCUGUUAAAGAAUCUGAUGUCACUGUAGAUGCUGACUCAACACUUCCACAAGAUGAUACUGAAUUAAAGGGUAAUGAUACAACCACAGAAGAAGCACCUGCAGCCGAAGAAAAUGCUACAACAGAAGAAAAGAAAGACGCUGAUAGUACUGAUAUAAUAGAGGAAGAAUCAGAAAAGAAAGUCGCCAAUGGCGAACAAGAUAAAGAAAAAGAAUCAACUGACAAAGAUGGUGAUACUAAAAUGGAGGAUUAA